GUGAAUGAGGAGUAUGACAAAUUGAUGACUGAACAUAAGAUUUAUGAAAAAAAGUUAAAUUCAAUUCUGAUUAAAGUUAUAAUUGUUAAACAAGAAAUGCAGCAAAAAAAAUUUAAGGACAUUCAUGAGAUAUUGAAAACUAUUCCUGGCAAUAAUAAAAAUCAAACAUUAGUUCAAAUCGAAAAAAUAGUUCAAAAUUUACUCGAAAGAUCUGUUUUAGAUGUCAGUGUACCACGAAUUUAUUCGGAAUUAUUGUCUGAUCCUCCUGUUGUAAAAGACCCGGCUAAGGACCAAAAAGGUGGACAAGAUUGCCGCGCCCAACAAAAGCAAAUUGUAAAAAAGAUUUACAAAAGUGGCAUUGAAAUGACUAAUUAUAUGGAACCAAAGAUCUCAAAUUUUUAUCAUGCAAAAAAUUUGUUGGAAGCGGAUGGUAAUGGCGACUUUAUUUUAAAUAUUAUUAAUUGGGCUGCUCCUGAAAUGAUGAAAACGAAUGCAACAUACACAGAAGAAUGUGAAACUUUUAGUUUUGUGAUGCUUUUAUGGGAAUUAGCCUUCCAAAAAAUUCCUUAUGAAAAAAUGACCAAAGAAGAAAUUAUUGUUCAUGUUACUCAAAAUCGUAGAGAAACCCAAGAACAACCUUUUUAUUCAUUAGACUUUCUUCAUGCUCAACGGAAAUAUUUAAGAAUCAUUAAAGAAGGGUGGUGUGGUAAACCAGAAAAACGGAUUAAUUUGGAUGAAAUUUUACUGAGACUUUCAGAGAUUGAUGCUGAACUUAUUAAAAACAAGGAAAAUAAAUUAGCCCAAUCAUUCGGUAAAUUCGAGCGUCCCUCAGAUACGUUUAAAAUACUUGAAGCAGACCAUCUAUUAAAAAUACUUGAAGUUGACAUUUUAAAUGAAUCGAUUGAAUCUGACUACCAAAGAUGA